AUGACGGCAACCACAGCAGGCAGUGACGGCAACUACAGCAGGGUGACGGGCAAAUUCACAGCAGGUGAUGCUGUCAGCACCACCAGCUGUCAGCACCACCAGCUGUCAGCGCCACCAGUGGUCAUUAUCACCAGCUGUCAGCCCACCAGCUGUCGCGCGCCACCAGCUGUCAGCGCCACCAGUGACCAUUAUCACCAGCUGUCACACCACCAGCCGUCAGCGCCACCAGCCGUCAGCACCACCAGUGACCAUUAUCACCAGCUGUCAGCACCACCAGCCGUCAAACCACCAGCCGUCAGCACCACCAGCCGUCAUCAGCGCACCCCAGCUGUCAGCGCGCCACCAGCCGUCAGCAGCCAGCCAUCAUCACCACCAGUUAUCAUCAUCACCAGCUGUCAGCACCACCAGCCGUCAGCGCCACCAGUGACCAUUAUCACCAGCCGUCAGCAACCACCAGCCGUCAGCGCCACCAGUGACCAUUAUCACCAGCCGUCAGCACCACCAGCCGUCAGCGCCACCAGUGACCAUUAUCACCAGGUCAGCACCACCAGCUGUCAGCGCCACCAGCUGUCAGCACCACCAGUGACCAUUAUCACCAGCCGUCAGCACCACCAGCUGUCAGGAAACCACCAGCUGUCAGCGCACCACCAGCUGUCAGCACCACCAGCUGUCAGAAACCACCAGCUGUCAGCAGCACCAGCUAUCAUCACCACCAGUUAUCAUCACCACCAGUUGUCAGGACCACCAGCUUUCAGCACCAUCAGCUGUCAGCAUUACCAGCUAUCAGUUCCUCCAGCUGUCAGUUCCACCAGCUGUCAUCACCAUCAGCUAUCAACACCAUCAGCUGUCAGGACCACCAGCUGUCAGCACCACCAGCUGUUGGUUUCUACCAGCUGUCAGUUCCACCAGCUGUCAGUACCACCAUUUCUCAGCACCAUCACCUGUCAGCACCAUCACCUGUCAGCACCACCUGCUGUCAGCAUCGUCAGCUGUCAGCAUCAUCACCCGUCAGCACCUUCUGUCAACACCAUCAGAUGUCAGAACCAUCAGCUGUCAACACCAUCAUCUGUAAGCACCUUCUUCUGUCAACACCAUCAGCUGUCAGAACCAUCAUCUGUCAACACCAUUAGCUGUCAGCACCAUCAGCGCAACUGA